AAUCGAUUGGGAAACCUAAAGACAAAGCUAUCAGAUAUGGCUAUAUUUCUGUGCAGCCUAUGAAUAACAGCAAAAAGAGGCGAACAUACAAUGAGCCACCGAGAAGAGAGAGAAAGCCAAACACUGCCAUAGCCAAUGACCAGCUCAUCUAUCUACCGAAGGAGAUGAUUGGGUUUGGUGUCCCUAAUAGACCUGGACUUAUGAUGAACAGAGCAGUCCCAGUUCCGGAUAUUGCUUGUGGCCCGCCCUUCUUCUACUACGAGAACGUUGCCAUGGCACCAAAAGGUGUUUGGGCCACGAUCUCCAACCACUUGUACGACAUCGUUCCUGAAUUCGUGGAUUCAAAGCAUUUUUGUGCCGCUGCGAGAUAGAGGGGGUAUAUUCACAACCUGCCAAUCCAUAAUCGGUUUCAAAUUCAGCCUCCACCGCACAAUACAAUCCAAGAAGCCUU